AUGAACCUUGGCGCCUUGGUCGACACCACCGAGUGGCUGAAACAGGUCUACAUCGACACCGCCGAGGAGGAAGGCUGGAAGGCCGGCCCCGAGCACUUCGGCUACCUGCUCCGCUGCUUCGUCGCCGAUACCGACGAGAAGGCCAUCGAACUGGGCAAGGAGUUCAUGUGGACCAUCGAGCACCGCCAGCGUGGGCCGAUGGAGCACAAUGAUCCUCCCGGCUACCAGUCCAGGGCAUCGGUCGAGAUCAAGGCCCAGCGCCCCACCGGUAACGUGGCCGGCGCCGGCGGAUUGGGCGUGGGUCUGUCCUACGACCAGCUUCGCGGCGUCAACAACAUCAUCGUCGGCAACCCCGACACCGUGACCCAGAAGCUGACCGAGGUCAUCGAGCGCCUCAGCCCCGGCUACAUCCACAUCUACGGCAACGAGGGUGCGAUGGGCCACAAGGAAACCAUGCGCUCCAUCGAACUGCUGGGCAAGGAAGUCAUCCCGGCCCUGCACGAAGUCCCGCUGAGGCCUUACGACGACCGCCCCCGCAUGGACACCAUCAGCUCCGGCACCGCCGGCCUCGCCCCAUAA